GCCAGCGCUGCCUUUGUGUGAUUUUCAACAACUUCCCCCAGCCGUGAGAAUUUUCUUCCCUUGUUCAGAGCAGUCAUCGCCGUCUCUCGGCAUCAUCGGCAAUUUAAGUCAAUUGCUCCCCUAGUCCAGUCCGGGCCGAUCUGGUGGUACAGACUGCAACCACCUACCUCGUUUGCUUUCCGCCAUUUGUCCGGUCGUCACCAGAUCCUCCCUUCACACCCUUCGGAUCCGCAAGUGGCAGGGUGCGCACUGCAGAAUAAAAAAUGUCUGGAUCCAAUCAGAAUGAUGGCCAGGAUGGCCGUCAACCAGCCCGACGGUCGAUUAGAGGUCCUCAGUCGGCUUUGACGGACUUUCUGGCAUCACACAACAUUUCAGCAAAUCAGAUCCGCAUUGACCACCAGCGAAGAAGGCAGCAGGCUCUGGCCGAUGAUGACCAAGCUGCCUCCGGCCCGUCAACCGCUACCGCAAACGGCGCUGAUGCCGCCGGUGGUGAGGCUAAUGAUGCGCCAGAAGACCCCAAGAAGAGUCGCAAGCGCAAGAAGGAGACAGAGAAGGCCAUCGAGAAGAUAAAGGCCACCAAGCGCUUCCAAAAGCGCAAGAAGCGUCUCCAAGGCUCUGACGACGAAGACGACCUGAUCAAUGAAUUGCUCAAGGCCAGCGGCCCCGCCCCGGGCCAGAUGGAGAACUGCGAGAUUUGCAACGUCCGCUUCACCGUUACACCCUACUCCCGCGCCGGUCCAGAUGGCGGCCUCUUGUGCAAUCCCUGCGGAAAGGAGCUUCAGAAGGACGAAGGCCCACCCAAGAAGAAGAAGAAACCUGCCGCGUCCGGCGGUGCCGUCGGCCGGCGCCGCAAGACCCAAAGCAACCUGCUCGAUGGCACUUACACGCUAGGAGCCAAGAGCCUGAUGAGUCUUUGCAUCGAGACCCUCGCCAAGAACAUCGAGCUUGCGGAUGACCUGGGCGAGAUGCCCCCACAGAUCAUCGACAAAAUUGCUCGCAUGCUUUCGAAGAAGCGUCUGGUCGACCCCAACACCCUCAAUCUGUUUCUCCAGCCGACAGCCCAGGACGUCUCAAUUUACGAUGGCGCCAAGUUGAGCUCGGAUGACCUGAUGCGGAUCUUCCAGAUGGUCCCUUCUGUGAAGAACCUCAAAAUUCGGAACGCCAUCCAGUUCAAGGAUGAGGUCAUGGAGUACCUCCUCUCGCGAGAUAAGGUCGAGCUCGAGGGCUUGUACAUGCACGGUGCGAAUCUUCUUAGCGCCGACAUGUGGAAGAAGUACUUCACUACCAAAGGCCAUUCACUACAGAGAUUUCACGUCUACUACACCGACAGGCACUUCGACGAUGGCUGUAUGACCGUACUCAGGACCGCAGCACCGGGACUCAGACGCCUCAAAGUAUACAACAACCAGGAGGUUGGUGGCGACGGCAUUCGAGAGCUAGUUCAUCUGAAGCAGCUCCAACACUUGAGUCUCCACCUUCACAAACAUGUGCAUUCAGACGUCUACGUCCAGGUUCUGAGCAGCGUUGGUGCAGAGUUGCGGACCCUGUCCCUCCGAAAGACGCCGGAGCUAGACAAUACGGUGCUUGACGCCAUCCAUAACAACUGCCAACAUCUGUCCAAGUUGCGCAUAACCGAUAGCGAGGUCAUGACUGAUGCCGGUUUCGCGCGCCUCUUUACUGGCUGGAACAAUCCCGGCCUCACCUUCAUUGAUUUUCAGAAGUGCCGUCAACUGGACUCGCAGAAGCCACGCGAGAACAGCGACGACAUUGGCCUGUGCUCCGAAGGUUUCAAGGCUUUGAUGGCACACUCUGGCAAAACUCUGAAGAAACUCAACCUUCACGCCUGCCGCCACAUCUCAAAGAUGGCGUUCGACGAGGUGUUCACCCUCGACAAGACGUAUCCGGAGCUCAAGUCCCUUGAGAUUAGCUUCUGUGAGGAGGUCAACGACUACGUGGUGGGAUGCGUAUUCCGCAGCUGCCCGAAUCUCAGGGAGUUGAACGUCUUCGGAUGCAUGAAGGUCAAGAAUGCGAGGGUGCCAAGGGGCAAGAUCCUGGUGGGCGUGCCCAACGCUCUCGGAAUGGUGAUUGAGGGUCAAGAAUGAGCAUCUCCA